ACAUGGUCUUAUCAGCUUCACUCCAAUGCUGGAACCACUACAUGCCUCCAUUAGCCCAACCCCUCCAAGACCACCGCUCCCUCUCCAUUCUAUCCUUCUACCUAGCCUCCUUCGCUGCCCUCACAAUAAAGAUCCUCCUCAACAUAUACCGCCGUUUUCAAAUCUGCAAGACGCAAUUAUAUUGGUACCACAGCUAUGGUCCUCAAUUCACCAUAUUCAUUACCCUGUCCAUCCUCAGCAUCGUAACAACAUGGUACUACAUGUUCGCGUUCUUCGCGCAUUCCUAUCGCAGCUGGGAAGCCGGACAGUCGCCCACACAGCAGGCAUUGAUUGAGGUGGCACCGCUUCUGGCAAAAUGGGAGAUGUGGCUGCGAGAUAGUAAACUGUUCCGGGAGGCGUGGGGAAGUGUGUUUGCGACGCCGGCGAGAACGUGGUGGAGCGGACAGAUUUUCCUAUGGACGAUUGGUUGGAGUCUUUUCUUGGGGGUCAUGGGCCGUCGGUACAAUAUCCUAAAUGUAUGGAUGUACAUGCUGCUGGGGCAGAUUGUUGCCAUUUCCUUCGCGCAGAAUUUGUUCCUUGUUACAGUCCUCGUCUCAGGCCCGAGUAUCACCCCAGCUAGGAAGCUUACAUGGAUGCCCCCCGCAUUGCUCGAGCUUGCGCCAGUCGUAAUAUCCGGCCUUGGCGCUGCGGCUACACCUUUCGUCGCAAACACACCGUCCCGGAAAGCUUCUUCGAUAUGA